AGAAAAGAAAAUUUUGGUUGCGCCUCGGAGACUUAAAUACAUAAAAUUGUGACCGUCCGCUUACAUAAUUCGGUCCAACUGCGGAAUUACCUUACACCUACGAACCGCGUUUCAAUGGAAGUGAUCCGUGCUCACCUCAUCAACCUCAGGCCUAUCUUUCUGCCUACCUACCUAGAAAUAGUCGUUUUCAUCAUCUAACAUAGUCGCAUCGCAUACAUCGACGUUGCCAUCGCGACACGACCCGCCAAGAUGGACGCCGCAACGAUCGAAGAGACCAACAGAAUUCGUGUCUCCCUGGGAAUGAAGCCUCUGCCUGUCCCAGGAACAGAUAAAACCAGCCAAACUCAGUCAAUGUACGCGGAUGGUGAUGCACCCAGCACACUAGAGAGCCGCCAAGCUCAGGCCUACGAAAACUACAACAAAGUCAUCGAAGCGGAAAAGGCAAAGAAGAGGCGCGAAGAGAAAGCUGCAGCUGUCCGAAAAGCCCGGGAGCAGGCGCAACGAAAUGCAGUUCUAGAGGGCAAAGGCUUUGGAGAAGCCGAAGAGGGUGGCGAUCUUAGCGCCAAAGACUGGCUCAUAGGCCAAAAGAAGCGACAGAAGAAGAUUGCCAAAGUCAGAAAAUUGGAAGAGGAGCUGGCCGCAGCCGAGGCUGAAGCUGCUGCUGCAGUUCAGUAUACUUCCAAGGAUCUUGCUGGUAUCAAAGUUGGACAUGACACAGCGGCUUUCCUCGAUGGCGAAGACCAAAUUCUCACCCUUAAGGAUACAACUAUUGAUGAGAACGAGGAAGAAGGCGACGAGCUGGAGAAUCUAAACAUGCGCGAGGCCGAAAAGCUUGCUGAGAGACUUGACAACAAGAAGAAGAAACCGGGUUAUAACCCUCUAGAUGACGACGAGGAGGGUGAGCGUGGUAUUCUGUCACACUACGAUGAGGAGAUCGAGGGCAAGAAAUCCAAGAAGUUCACACUCGACACAAGUGGCGUCAUUGCAGAGCUCUCAGAUAUUCUUGAGAAGCCGGUUGACAAGACAAAGAAUGGCCAGAACGUGAGCUUGGACGACGUUAUUGGCGAUGCUCCUAUCUCUUCAGACUAUAUAGAUCCCUCACAGAUCAAAGUCAAGAAGCCUAAAAAGAAGAAGGGCAAGAAGGGAACCAGACAAAAGCCUACAGACGAUGAUGAUCUCUUUCCUGCUGGAACAACUCCCAUAGAUGACGCGAUGGACGUCGACUCAAAAGACACGACGACAAAGAAGAGAAAGGCAGUCGAUGAUACUUUUGUGGAUGAUGACGACCUUCAAGCAACACUCGCGAUCCAAAGAAAGAAUGCCUUGAAGAAGCGAAAGAAGGCCCGACCCGAAGACAUCGCCCGAUUGCUUAAGGAGGAUGACGAGCUAGAACCAGUAGAGCAACAAGAGGGUGGCCUUGUUCUCGAUGAAGUCUCAGAGUUUGUUGCAGGUCUAAGUAAACCCGGCGAAAGCGAAGAGCGCAAGCCCAGAAGACCAAAGACUGUGUCAAAAUCCCCAGAACCCGAUGACGAUCACCCCAUGGGUGACGAUGCAGAAGUGGUUGAAGAGAAGCCCCAAUCAUCAGCUGUCGAGGAUUUGGAUGAGGCGGGCGUCGAAGAAGAGAAGGCCGUUGGUGCAGGCAUGGGCGCGGCGCUCGCGCUAUUAAGAGAGCGUGGUCUCGUGGAAGAUACACGUGGAGAUGCGGAAUAUACCAGCUUGCGAAACCGAGAAGACUUCCUCGCCAAGAAACGUCUUUUGGAAGAAGAGCUGGACGAGCAGGCACGCGCCCAGCGAGAGCGUGACCGUACAAGUGGCAAGCUGGAUAGAAUGUCGGUUCGUGAGCGUGAGGAGUGGGCACGUCAACAAAACACCUGGCGAGAUCAGCAGCAGUCUCGACGCAUGGCCGAGCUGUUCUCAGCAGGAUACAAACCCAACGUCGACAUCAAGUACACCGAUGACCACGGCCGUUCUCUUGACCACAAGGAGGCGUUCAAGUACAUGAGCCACAAGUUCCAUGGCAAGGGAAGCGGUAAGGGCAAGACAGAGAAGCGGCUCAAGAAGAUCGAGGACGAGAAGCGACGCGAAGCACAGAGCAUGUUUGACGCAAGUUCUGCCGGUAUGAGUCUGGCAGCUCAACAGCAGCUCAAGAAGCGACGGGAAGCUGGCGUACGACUUGCAUAAUUCACUUGACUUUUUAUCAACAGAAUGGAGUUGGGGGCUACGAAUAGUAAUACCGGCAAUGGACAAUUCAGAUCAACGAAAAGGUGCUUUUACCCUUUGCUCAUGUGCUUAUUUGAGAUUUCAUUUCUGGCUGACACCAAGUGAAGAUUUAGAUCCAAGGUAUGUUUUGUGUGUUCAACUAACUCUAGCCUAGGCUCCUGUCCCCCUUUGUUCGGUUCCCACGGCAGCCUCUUUUUUGACAGCCCCUUGAUUCUUGCAGUCCCCAGGAAAAUGCAAGCUCAGGGCAUCAGCUUCAAGUGAAACAUUGCCCCUGUCAUCAUUUCUCUACCAUAGACUGUCCUUUGUUCUCAGCCGCCAUCUCGUUCCAGGUCCUCUUCAUGUCUCUCAUUGCCUCAUCCACCUCCCCUUCCAUAGCCUGCGCCAUCUUCAAAGCCAGGGUCGACUCCUGACCUGACUUACCAGCUGAUGAUGAGAACAAUGGUAGGGGGAUCGCACUGUUGUGGUGGCUGGAGUUCUUCACCUUGGUAAGGGUGAGUCCAGAAGGGUAUUGGGAAGCCAUGAUAGUUCGUAAAAUUGAGAACCUAGAAUGAUUAGCUGGGUGAACUGUUGGUGACUUACCUGCAACAACCUGCCAGCUGGAGAUGAUGGUUAGUUGAAUGGUUCUUGGUGUCUGGGCUGGCACAAACGAGCUUCUUAUACCCCAGAUACUAAUUGUCAGUGAUCUGUGAAUAUGCAAAGGUUCAACGAAUAUGACCUUUGUAAAAAAAAAAUGGCGUUGGUGAUUGUCUUGUGUGCUCUGCGCAUAUACGUGGUUGUUCAGAGAAUCAGUAAAGUUGAACUGCUGGAAAAAGUUGCUGUUCACUUCAACUCUUUCAAACAACGCACUAGAAACAGAACAUCAGUAUAUAUCAUAAUGUAAAGAAAUCAAUUUCGUGUAUCCUAGGUGUCUAUAAGGGGGA